AUGAGGAUUAUGAUCAAGGGAGGUGUGUGGAAGAACACCGAAGAUGAGAUCCUCAAAGCCGCCGUGAUGAAGUACGGCAAGAACCAAUGGGCUCGGAUCUCGUCUCUCCUUGUUCGCAAGUCUGCUAAACAGUGUAAAGCUCGUUGGUACGAAUGGCUCGAUCCUUCUAUCAAAAAGACUGAAUGGACUAGAGAAGAAGAUGAGAAGCUUCUACAUCUUGCCAAACUACUACCUACUCAGUGGAGAACUAUUGCUCCUAUUGUGGGGCGUACACCCUCUCAGUGCCUUGAGAGGUACGAGAAGCUUCUUGACGCAGCGUGCACUAAGGACGAGAGUUACGAAGCAGCGGAUGAUCCGAGAAAGCUGCGUCCCGGUGAGAUCGACCCCAACCCGGAAUCGAAGCCUGCUCGCCCUGAUCCGGUGGAUAUGGACGAAGACGAGAAAGAAAUGCUUUCUGAAGCGAGGGCGAGGUUGGCUAACACUAGGGGGAAGAAGGCUAAGAGAAAAGCUAGAGAGAAGCAGCUCGAGGAAGCGAGGAGGCUUGCUUCUUUGCAGAAGAGGAGAGAGUUGAAGGCGGCUGGGAUUGGUAAUAGUCAUAGGAAAAGGAAACGGAAGGGGAUUGAUUAUAAUGCGGAGAUUCCUUUUGAGAAGAGGGCGCCUGCGGGGUUUUAUGAUACUGCUGAUGAAGAUCGUCCUGCUGAUCAGGUGAAGUUUCCGACAACCAUUGAGGAUCUUGAAGGGAGAAGAAGAGCUGAUGUGGAAGCGCAGUUGCGCAGACAAGAUGUUGCGAGGAACAAAAUUGCUGAGAGAAGGGAUGCUCCAGCAGCUAUAUUGCAAGCGAAUAAGAUGAAUGAUCCUGAAGCUGUUAGGAAGAGGUCGAAGCUAAUGUUACCGCCACCGCAGAUUUCAGAUCACGAGUUAGAGGAGAUUGCAAAGAUGGGGUACGCUAGCGAUCUUCUUGCGGAGAAUGAGGAGCUAACAGAAGGCAGUGCUGCUACUCGUGCGCUUUUGGCGAAUUACUCACAAACACCAAGGCAAGGGAUGACGCCCAUGAGGACGCCUCAAAGAACUCCUGCUGGUAAAGGUGAUGCUAUUAUGAUGGAAGCAGAGAAUCUGGCUAGAUUGAGAGACUCUCAGACACCUUUGCUAGGAGGAGAGAAUCCUGAGUUGCACCCUUCUGACUUCACCGGGGUCACUCCUAGGAAGAAAGAGAUUCAAACGCCUAAUCCGAUGCUGACUCCUUCAAUGACUCCUUCGAUGACUCCUGGUGGUGCCGGCCUUACUCCCAGACUUGGCUUGACGCCAUCAAGGGAUGGUUCUUCUUUCGCUAUGACACCUAGAGGUACUCCCUUCAGGGAUGAACUUCACAUAAAUGAAGACAUGGACAUGCACGAGAGCGCUAAACUUGAGGGGCAGAGACGAGAGGAAGCUAGAAGGAGCUUACGCACUGGACUUACUGGGCUUCCUCAGCCAAGGAACGAGUACCAGAUAGUUGCACAACCUCCUCCAGAGGAAAGUGAAGAGCAAGAAGAGAAAAUUGAGGAAGACAUGUCAGACAAGAUAGCUAGAGAAAAGGCUGAGGAGGAAGCGAGACAGCAGGCACUACUUAGGAAAAGGUCCAAGGUGUUGCAGAGAGAUCUUCCUAGACCUCCAGCAGCUUCGUUAGAACUAAUUAAGAACUCGUUGCUUUCAGCCAACGGAGACAAAAGUUCUGUUGUUCCUCCUACUCCAGAAGAGGUUGCAGAUAAAUUGGUUAGAAGGGAGCUUCUACAGUUGCUGGAGCAUGAUAAUGCAAAGUAUCCUCUUGAUGGGAAAGCUGAGAAAAAGAAAGGAGCCAAGAACCGUGCUAACAGUUCUGGUUCUCAAGUUACUCCAAUCGAAGAUUUUGAGGAAAAUGAUCUCGAAGAGGCUGACAAGAUGAUAAAGGAGGAGGGGAAGUUUCUUUGCAAGGCAAUGGGAAACGAGAACAAGACCCUUGAAGAUUUCGUAAAAGCUCACGACGAUUGCGUGAAGGAUCUCAUGUACUUCCCCACACGAAAUGCUUACGGGCCCUCAAGUGUUGCUGUGAAGGCAGAGAAAGUUGCAGCUUUGCAAGUGGAGAUGGAGAAUGCGAGAAAAAAGAUGGAGGAAGAUGAGAAGAAGGCAGAACAUAUGAAGGCUAAGUAUAAAACUUACACAAAGGGUCAUGAGAAACGGGCAGAGACCGUGUGGAGCCAAAUAGAGGCGAGUUUGAAGCAGAUUGAGAUUGGUGGAACAGAAGUGGAGUGCUUUAAAGCAUUGAAGAGGCAAGAAGAGAUGGCUGCGUCUUUCAGGAAGAAGAAUCUGGAGGAAGAAGUGGUCAAGCAAAAGGAGACGGAGAGGAAACUGCAAGCGAGCUAUGGAAAACUGUUGUCAACGCUUGAAAAAGCAGAGGAGAUAAUGGUCGGGUUCCGAGUACAAGCAUUGAAACAAGCGGACGUUGAAGAUUCUCACAAUCUGAAAGAAGCUAAGCUAGCCACUGGAGAGGAAGAGGACGUUGCCAUAUCCACGGAAGCUUCUUCUUAAACAUCUGUCAGAACUUGAGUUUUGUAUUGUUUCCAAGUUAUAAGGAUACGCAGCUUGACCUUUGUAUUUGGUUCCAAGUUUUAUGAGUCAUGACUCUGUAAAUGUUGUGAUAUUUCUCAGUUGUAUGCUUAUUGCAAUGAUCUAGAAA